AUGGCUGUUGAUGAAGACGAUGAAGACGCUCUCCUGAAAAAGCUGAUGGGUUUUACAACGUUCAAGUCGACGCAGAAUACGAAGGUGCCUGGGAACCAGAUUUACGGCGUGAGGAAGGAGAAGAAGACGACAUAUCGACAGUACAUGAACCGCGUUGGUGGAUUCAAUAGACCUUUGAGUCCGUCGAGAUGA